AAAACAACAUUUUUACAUCUAUGGAAAACAAGGAGAAUAUCAAUAAUAAUCCUUCCAAUGAUAAUUAUAGUAAUUUAUUUACAAAUGAAGAAUUGAUUGAUGAUAAUGACAUUUUUGAUGAUUUGAUUAAUGUGACUAAAAAGGCACUUUCUCUUAUUGAAGAACAGAAAUUGGUUGGAAACGUUAAAUGGUGCAAAGCUAUAAAAAAAUCUUUCGAACCUAUUAUUAAAUUAGUUGAUGAUGUUGAAAAAUAUCAAAGAAAAAGGACAAUGCCAUUGACAUGA